AAGGAAAUAAACGCUCCACCAGCCUGCCUCUUAUCCCAGUGACCCAGCUGAGAAACACCGUGGGCAGCGAAACCCGCCCCUUCCUGCCGGGGCGGAGCUGCGGACGGAGCCGAAGCCGGAACCGGGCGGCUGGGCGGCAUGGCCGGGGGGGGCUGCGCCCCACCGCGCCUGGAAGGCUUCGUGCUCACCGAGCGCCUCGGCACCGGCACCUACGCCACGGUGUACAAAGCAUACAGCAAGAGGGACACGCGCGAGGUGGUGGCUGUCAAAUGUGUGAGCAAGAGGAGCCUCAACAGGGCCUCGGUGGAGAACCUGCUCACUGAGAUCGAGAUCCUUAAGACCAUCCGGCACCCACACAUCGUGGAGCUCAAGGACUUCCAGUGGGACAGUGACCACAUCUACCUGAUCAUGGAGUUCUGUGCUGGUGGGGACCUCUCCCGCUUCAUCCGUAUGCGGCGGAUCUUGCCUGAGAAGGUGGCACGUAUCUUCCUGCAGCAGCUCGCCUGCGCCCUGAAGUUCCUCCACGAUCACAAUAUCUCCCACCUGGACCUCAAGCCACAGAACAUCCUGCUCAGCACCCCGGAGAACCCCCAGCUGAAGCUGGCAGAUUUUGGCUUCGCACAGUACAUGUCACCAUGGGAUGAGAAGCACGUGCUGCGAGGCUCCCCACUCUACAUGGCCCCUGAGAUGGUGUGCCGCCAGCAGUACGAUGCCAGGGUGGACCUGUGGUCAGUGGGCGUCAUCCUUUAUGAGGCGCUUUUUGGGCGACCCCCCUUUGCCUCCCGCUCGUUUGCUGAGCUGGAGGAGAAGAUCCGCAGUGACCGAGCCAUCGAGCUGCCCAGCCGACCCCUGCUGUCCCCGGAGUGCCGAGAUCUCCUGCAGCGCCUCCUGGAGAGGGACCCCUUAAAGCGCAUCUCCUUCGAGGAGUUCUUCGCCCAUCCCUUUGUGGACAUGGAGCACGUGCCUGGCCCUGAGAGCUUUUGCAAGGCGACCAACCUGGUGGUGGAGGCGGUGAAGAAGGAUCAGGAGGGGGAUGCGUCUGCUGCGCUCAGUCUCUACUGCAAAGCUCUGGAGUACUUUGUGCCCGCUCUGCACUAUGAAAGCGACGCUCGUCGCAAAGAAGCCAUCCGGGCAAAGGUGGGGCAGUACAUCUCAAGAGCAGAGGAGCUGAAGGUGCUGGUAGCUUCCAAAAGCAAGAACCUCCUGCAGCAGGGAAACCCGGCCAGGGAGAUCCUCAAAGAGAUGGCCAAGGACAAGCCACGGCUCUGCACUGCACUGGAGAUGGCCUCGGUGGCCGUGGCGAGGGAGGAGGAAGGCAAGGAUGACGGUGAUACCCUUGAGCUCUACCAGCAGAGCCUGGGAGAGCUGCUGCUACUCCUGGCUGCAGAGCCAGCGGGGAGGAGACGGGAGCUGCUGCAUGCGGAGAUCCAGACCCUGAUGGCCCGGGCGGAGUACCUGAAGGAUCAGAUCAAGAUGCGGGAGGCGCAGUCUAUGGGCAAAGAAGCUCUGGCAGACUCCGUCCGGAGCUCUUGCACCUUGCAGUGAUGCCCAACGGGAUGCUGCUGGCGCCGCGGCGCUGCAGAUGGCCGAGGAGACGGCUGGGCUGAGCGUGACUGCAUUUUCCCGUCAGGAGGAGUCCCUGCCUGGAACGUCUGCUGCAGCAGCAGCCUGCGUGCCCGCGGCGGGCAGGUUAUUCCACUCCAAUUCCCUUCGCUGGCUGGGCAGCGCGGCGGCGGCUGCUGCUGCUUCGUGCAGGCACGCGGCUCUUGCGUGCACAGCCUGCAGCUCACCCCGACCCAUGGGGAAAGGCGGGGGGGGGGAAAAAAAAAAAGAAAAAGCACGGCACCGAUCGUUGGUGGUUUGUGGCACGGGGUUUUGCUUUGCUGGGAGCGGGGCAGCGUUGGAAGCUGCUUGUUCUGUGUGCCUGAUGCUAAAGCGAUUUGCACGGGGAGCGGUGGUGCCUCAUUGGUGGCGUGAGGUCUGGCCAGUUCUCAGCCCGUCCGUGGAAAUCAGGUGCAGGGAAAAGCUGCAGGCCCCAGGGAAGGGGCUGGCUCUGUGUGUGCUGCAGUGCUCGGGGCUGGCAGGCUCUGUGCUCUGCGAUGGCAACGAUGCACCAAAAAUCUCAUCCCUGGGGGCUGGCCCCUGCAGAGCCUCGCACCGACGCUGCGGAGCAGGGAGCUGUUCUCCAAAUCUGCUGUAUUUCAGGAGAUGUAAUUUAUCAUCUGGAAUAAAUACUAUUUGGGGGUUUCUCCACGUGCCUUU